GGCGCCCUCCUCACCGACGAGCAGGUCGCCGACAACGUGAUCGGCGUGCUGUUCGCGGCGCAGGACACGACGGCCAGCAUGCUCACCUGGAUCGUCAAGUACCUCCACGACCACCCGAAGCUGCUCGAGGACGUCCGGGCGGAGCAGGCGGCGAUCCGCGAGGCCAACGACGGCGGGAAGCGGCCGCUGACGUGGGCGCAGACGAGGAGCAUGACGCUGACGAAUAGGGUGAUUUUGGAGAGCUUAAGGAUGGCGAGCAUCAUCUCCUUCACCUUCAGGGAGGCCGUGGCUGACGUGGAGUACAAAGAUGCCCUUAUCCCCAAGGGGUGGAAGGUGAUGCCGCUGUUCAGGAACAUCCAUCACAGCCCGGACUACUUCCAGGAUCCACACAAGUUCGACCCUUCUAGAUUCGAGGUGGCGCCGCGACCAAGCACCUUCACGCCGUUUGGGAGCGGGGUGCACGCGUGCCCCGGCAACGAGCUGGCCAAGCUCGAGAUGCUGGUACUCAUCCACCACCUGGUCACCGGCUACAGGUGGGAGACUGUUGGAUCGAGUGACGAGGUCGAGUACAGCCCAUUCCCUAUUCCCCGGCAUGGACUGCUCGCCAAAUUGCGCAAAGAUAACAGUGUGGGUGUGGAUAACAAGGAGUGCAAGACCGAUGAUAAUUGCGAUGGCAAAGCAAAUUGUGUGAUUAUUCAGUAACCUAGACUGUUAGACUCUAGGGAACUCUUUUUGGUUGCCAUUCGAUCUUCUCUAGUAAAGUCAGUGGAGAAGAAACAACAUUUUUCUUCUUCAUUUUUAGGAUGAUGCUGGUGAUAAAAAUGUACCAUAGAGUUUAAUAGUCGAUGAUGUACUCUCA